GGAAAUUUGAGGCUAUGAAACGACAUUUAAGCGUCAUUUCAUUUUGAUAAUAUUGUUGCAUGCCCAGUUAUUUCAAAGAAUCCCCCAUCCUGUCAAUAACCGAUGAUUAUCAGUUACUCUUAUUUUGCCUUGCUCUCAGUUUUUGCGAUCGCUGUGGAGAUAAUUUUUCUCUAUGAAAGCUGCGGUGAGUAGAAAAAAUGUUGGCUGUCGAUAUGCCUGGAACCGAGAGAAGAUUCAGAAGAUUGGUGCAGAUAUCAGCUUGUUUUUCAGGUCAGUCUAGUCUAGUC